CUCGUUGACGUCGACAAUGUCAUGUAAAUACAAUACUCCAACCAUCCUGCCCACACACACACAAAUAAUAUAAUUGUAUAACAAUCAUCCUCAACAGAAUCGUUGUUUAUUUCAUCAGCCUCUCUUUCGUUGCGAUCAUUUGCGCGCACUCAUUUCGUAUUGAAAACACACCUGCUUGUUGCACGUUCGAGACUCUCUCUGGAGGUGUUUUUUUUUUAAUUUGCGGAUUGCGAAAACUGUUUUCGCAUUUUGAGGAGCUGGAAGAGGUGAAUUCGCGCGUUUAUGAUCUUGCCAUAAGGAUACGAAGAAGAAAUGGAUGAGUUAUGGACCUUGUUCUGUGGGAAAUCUGAUUGUUCAGAUGGAAAUCAUGGAAAUUGUGGUUCUGACUUGGUGCUUUUGACUCAUCCAUCCUCAUGUAUCAAUCAUGUGUUAAUCUUUCUUUUCGACAUUUUGCUUUUGGCCAUGUUCUUGUUAAAUAUAUUUUUCAAGAGGCCAGACAAAUCCACACACAGUUCUCGUGUUUCACGUCUGCAGUGGAUAUCCGCUAUUUAUAAUGGUGUCUUGGGACUCGGUUACUUGUGUUGGGGUGUGUUGACAUUAGCAGAGAGGUUGAGGAGAAAGCAAGCAAUCGUGCCUUUGAACUGGUGGUUGCUAGCUUUGUUCCAUGGAUUGACAUGGUUAAUAGUAAGUUUAGCUGUGAGCUUUUGGGGGAAGCGAUUUUCAAGAGCCCCUGUACGAAUUUUAUCAGUUCUUGCCUUUAUAUCUGCUGGAGUUUCUUUCGGCCUGUCACUUUUUGCUGCCAUUACUCACAAAGAGUUGGCAAUGAAGAUAGCUUUGGAUGUGUUCUCAUUUCUUGGAGCAAGUUUAUUGUUGCUAUGCACUUACAGGGGAUUGAUUGAUGAAGAAAGUUGUGAGAAUGAGUCUUAUCUUUAUACCCCCUUAAAUGGUGACCGCAAUGCUGCUGACAUGAAAAAUGAUUCUGCUGGCUUUGUCACUCCACUUGCCACAGCUGGAUUUUUCAGUAAGAUGUCUUUUUGGUGGUUGAAUCCAUUAAUGAAAAGGGGUCGACAGAAAACUCUUCUGGAUGAAGAUAUACCCAAAUUGCGUAAAGAAGACCAAGCAGAGACAUGCUACUUGCUGUUCAUGGAACAACUCAACAAACAGAAAGCCAAGGAUCCGCGGAAUCAGCCAUCAAUUCUGAGGACAAUUUUUUUAUGCCACAAGAGAGACACAUUCAUUUCUGGAUUCUUUGCACUUAUAAAGAUAAUUACAAUAUCUGCUGGACCACUGCUUCUUAAUGCUUUCAUUAAUGUUGCUGAAGGUAAAGGAAGUUUUAAAUAUGAGGGCUAUGUAUUAGCUCUGUUGCUCUUCUUUUCAAAGAAUUUGGAAUCCUUGUCACAAAGGCAGUGGUAUUUUAGGAGCCGAUUAAUUGGUGUAAAAAUUAGGUCUUUGCUUACAGCAGCCAUUUACAAGAAGCAACUAAGAUUAUCCAAUGCAGCAAAGACGGUGCACUCUGCUGGUGAGAUAAUGAAUUAUGUAACUGUUGACGCAUAUAGAAUUGGAGAGUUCCCUUUCUGGUUUCAUCAGUUGUGGACAACAAGCCUUCAACUCUGCUUCGCUCUUGUCAUCCUGUACCGCUCAGUUGGUCUUGCCACAAUUGCAUCAUUGGUUGCCAUAAUUCUUACUGUUCUUUGCAAUACUCCCCUUGCUAAAUUACAACACAAAUUCCAAUCUAAGCUUAUGGUAGCACAGGACGAGAGGCUCAAGGCUAGUUCAGAGGCUCUUGUGAACAUGAAGGUUCUGAAACUCUAUGCGUGGGAGACUCAUUUCAAGAAUGCCAUCGAAAAACUGAGGACGAUAGAGUACAAAUGGCUAUCAGCUGUUCAGUUGCGUAGAGCAUAUAAUAGCUUUCUUUUCUGGUCGUCCCCUGUGUUGGUCUCUGCAGCAACUUUUGGGGCUUGCUAUUUCCUUGAAAUUCCAUUGUAUGCUAGCAACGUGUUCACCUUUGUUGCAACAUUACGUCUUGUUCAGGAUCCCGUGAGAUGUAUUCCUGAUGUUAUUGGGGUUGUUAUUCAGGCAAAAGUUGCAUUUGCAAGAAUCUUAAAUUUUUUAGAGGCACCUGAACUGGACAGUUCAAAAAUCCGGUGCAAGUGGAACAGAGAAAAUAUAAACCACAAUAUUAUAAUCAAGUCAGCUGAUCUCUCAUGGGAAGAGAAUAAAUCGAAGCCAACAAUUCGAAACAUCAAUUUAGAGGUCAAAAUGGGUGAAAAAGUAGCCAUAUGCGGAGAGGUUGGCUCAGGCAAGUCUACCCUUCUUGCAGCAAUUCUUGGGGAGGUACCGAGUGUCAAUGGAACUAUGCAAGUGUACGGAAAUAUAGCUUAUGUUUCUCAAUCGGCAUGGAUCCAGACAGGAAGUAUACGAGAAAAUAUCCUUUUCGGAUCUAGUCUGGAUUAUGACAGAUAUCAGGAUACAUUGGAUAAGUGUUCGUUGGUUAAGGACCUUGAGCUUCUACCUCAUGGUGAUCUCACUGAAAUUGGGGAAAGAGGAGUGAAUGUAAGUGGUGGGCAGAAGCAGAGAAUUCAGCUUGCUCGGGCGCUCUAUCAAGAUGCAGACAUAUAUCUCUUGGAUGAUCCAUUUAGUGCUGUAGAUGCACAUACUGCUACCAGUUUAUUUAAUGAAUAUGUAAUGGAUGCUCUCUCAGGCAAGACAGUCUUACUUGUGACUCACCAAGUUGAUUUCCUUCCUGCAUUUGAUUCUGUUCUGUUGAUGUCAGAUGGGGAAAUUUUGCAUGCUGCUCCUUACCAUCUUCUGAUGGCUUCAAGCAGAGAAUUUCAAGAUCUGGUCGAUGCACAUAAAAAAACUGCUGGUUCAGAUAGGAUUUCAGAAUUAAAUUCUUCCCAGGAACGGGAGAGUGUUUCUAGAGAUGUUAAGACUUGCCCUGAGAAGAAAUUGAUAACACCAGGAGAUGAUCAGUUGAUUAAGCAAGAGGAGCGUGAAGUUGGAGAUGCAGGCCUGAAACCUUAUAUACAGUAUAUAAAUCAGGACAGAGGUUUACUUCUUUUCUCGCUGUCUAUUGUCUCACACAUUGCUUUCGUGACCUGUCAGAUAUUACAGAAUUCCUGGAUGGCUGCAAAUGUAGAAAAUCCUGAAAUUAGCACAUUGAGAUUGAUUCUAGUGUAUCUGGUUAUCGGAUUCACAUCAACAAUUUUUCUAUUCAGUAGAUCUUUGGCUUCAGUGUUUUCUGGCCUGCACUCCUCUAAGUCUAUAUUUUCAAAAUUAUUAGAAUCUCUUUUUCGUGCUCCAAUGUCUUUUUAUGACUCUACACCUUUGGGAAGGAUACUGAGCAGGGUCUCAGCUGAUUUAAGUAUUGUUGACAUUGACAUUCCCUUUAGCUUGAUCUUCUCAGUUGCAGCCUCCAUUAAUGCCUUUUCUAAUCUUGGAGUGAUAACUGUUGUCACUUGGGAAGUUUUAUUUGUCGCCAUUCCAAUGAUUUAUCUGGCUAUUCUCUUACAGAGAUACUACUUCUCCUCUGCAAAAGAAUUGAUGCGGAUCAAUGGCACUACGAAGUCUUUGGUAGCUAACCACCUUGCAGAAUCAUUAGCUGGGGCUAUGACAAUCAGAGCUUUUGAGGAGGAGGACAGAUUCUUUUUAAAGAACCUUGACCUCAUUGAUACAAAUGCCAGUCCAUACUUGCACAAUUUUGCAGCUAAUGAGUGGUUGAUCCAGCGAUUGGAAACACUUAGUGCAACUGUCCUUUCCUCAUCAGCACUUUGCAUGGUUUUGCUUCCCUCUGGAACUUUUAGCUCUGGAUUUAUUGGAAUGGCUUUGUCCUACGGUCUUUCAUUAAACUUGUCCUUGGUUGGCUCUAUAAAUAAUCAGUGCCUUUUGGCAAAUCAUAUUAUCUCAGUAGAAAGGCUUAAGCAAUAUAUGCACAUACCAAGUGAAGCUCCUGAAGUUAUAGAAGAUAAAAGACCCCCUAUCAAUUGGCCAGCUGUGGGUAAAGUCGAUAUUCAAGAUUUGCAGAUCAAAUAUCGACCAGCUGCACCCCUUGUUCUUCGAGGGAUCAGUUGCACAUUUGAAGGAGGGAACAAGAUAGGUAUUGUUGGUCGGACAGGCAGCGGUAAGACUACCCUAAUAGGCGCCUUAUUCCGUCUGGUGGAGCCCACAGGCGGUAAGAUAGUAGUGGACGGAAUCGACAUAUCUACAAUUGGACUUCACGAUUUGAGGUCACGUUUUGGGAUUAUACCACAAGAUCCAACUCUUUUCAACGGAACUGUAAGAUACAAUUUGGAUCCCUUGUCUCAGCACACUGAUCAGGAAAUUUGGGAGGUCCUUGGGAAAUGUCAGCUUAGAGAGACGGUUCUAGAGAAAGAAGUUGGUCUUGAUUCUUUAGUGGUAGAAGACGGGCUUAACUGGAGCAUGGGGCAGCGACAACUAUUCUGUUUGGGUCGUGCCCUUUUAAGAAGGAGCAAGGUAUUGGUCCUUGAUGAAGCAACUGCAUCAAUUGACAAUGCUACAGACUUGAUAUUGCAGAAAACUAUCAGAACUGAAUUCGCUGAUUGCACUGUAAUAACGGUGGCCCAUAGAAUACCUACAGUGAUGGAUUGCACGAUGGUUUUAGCUAUAAGUGAUGGAAAACUUGUGGAAUUUGAUAAGCCGAUGAAUCUGAUGAAGAAAGACGGUUCACUGUUUGGGCGACUUGUCAAGGAAUAUUGGUCUCAUUAUCAUUCUGCAGAAUCACAUUGACUUGUACCAGAAAACAGUAUGUAGAAAAUUACACUCACCUCCCAAAUAUAAAAGGUCCUUGUAUCAGUUCUCGCAAGCGGGAAUACGGAUGACCUCAUCAACGAAGUGCUUAAGCGGAAAGUAGUUUAGUUCCUAUACUACUUGGGAAGGUUGCUUAUAUUAGAUUUCACAUGUGAGUUAAGUUGCAACGUAGUAAAAUACAAUGAUAUUACCAGGAAAAAAAGUGCAAUACCUUCCAGGAUGUGCCUGCUAUGUGCUCAUUUGUAGAUUGUUUGAGAAUUGCUUGGAAUCAACAGGUAGCCAUAUAAGUCAGAUUUGGCAGUUUUAUCUACAGAUGAUUCCUGAAUCUGAUAUUAAUUCGGCUAUGGCAGUAAACUAGGUACAUGUUUUA